UUCCUCUUUCGCGACGACUUUGACGGCGCGGGGCUCGCAACACUCGACCGCAGCUCGUGGAACGUCGAGGUCAACUGCAACGGCGGCGGCAACAACGAGCUUCAAUGCUACGUCGACUCCCAGGACAACAUCGACGUGCGCGAUGGCAUGCUCCACAUCACUGCUCGCAAGGAGAGCGACGGCCGCGUCACCUCGGGGCGGCUCACGACGGAGGGCAAGGUCGAGAUCGCCUACGGCCGCUGGGAGGCGCGCCUCAAGCGCGCGCCGCCCGACCACUCCGGCGAGAGCCUCUACUCGACGGCAAAGCACUCCUGGGGCACGGGGACUGCGCUACCGGGCGGCAGCUCCGAGCCGCUCGACCUCGACCAGUUCCACACCGUGCGGAUGGACUGGUCGCCGGACAAGCUCGAGUUCUUCGUCAACGGAGAGCGCACCUGGUUCCUCGACCGCAGCCCCGGCUCGACCAACUACGACUGGCCCUACGCCAAGCCCCACUUUGCGCUCCUCAACCUCGCCAUCGGGGGGGACGGCGACACAUACCCCACGAUCGAGCAGAACGCGAUGGCUCUCUUCGUCGGCGAGCGGUUCAUCGAGGUGAUCGCGCUGCACUGCCUCAUCAACGCACUCCUCGCGGGGAUCCCGGGGAAGCAGCUCGCGCUCGCGCUCUCGAUGACGCUCAUCCUUCCGCUGAUGGGGUACCACGCCUUCGUCCACUCCGUCGGCCCGCCGGGGCCGAUGCUGCUGAUCAACCUCGCGAUCUCCGCGCUUACGUGGAUUGAGUACGGCUGGGCCGACCUGACGAAGAAGGCGGAGGCCGAGAUGAAGACGCCGAUGUACAUCCACGGCGUGAUCGUCUCCACCUCCUUCGUGCCGUACUACAUCGCCGAGGCGAUGGGCAUGCCCUUCCCGCUCGUCGGCCUCAAGGAGCUCGACCCGACGACGCCGGACCCGUCGCCGAUGACGCAGUUCACCUACUUCUUCGUCGCGCUUUUCAUGGCGAUGUACUCCUACACCGAGAUCAAGGGCACGAUGGAGGGAAAGGUAUUUGCCGUGUACCACUACGCGCUCUCGUGCAUCAUCGCGAUGUGGCAGUUCUACCCGACGACGACCCUCCUCGGCCGCCUCUUCUUCUCACUCCCGCACGCCUUCACACUUUGGUUCUUUGCGACGCCGACUCUGCGCGAGCCAGCACGGCUUUGCGGCCGCGAGGACGUUGCACUCGGCGAGGGCGCCUGUUGUGACGAGAUCGGAAGCGUGAGAUAG